CAGAACCCCAAAAACGUGGUUGGGCCUCUCGACACAAGAAUUUGGAGAUCAGAAAACCCCUUUCUUGUGCGUCGUGUGUUGAACAGCCACCUCACCUCGCAACAGUCGUCACAACGCAACGCGACCACAUUGUUCUACCAUGGGGCUGUUCAAGCGCAACAAGACAGAGGCCGAGACGGCCGUGGGCCCUGCUCUCGCAGCUGUCCUGCCCGAUGAUCCUCGACCAUUCUACAAAGUGAGGCACUUGCUUCUGCUGAACUUGAUGCUGCUCGUCGUCUCGCUCUCAUCCGCCACAAUUGGCUUCGACGGAGCUAUGAUGAACGGAUUACAGACGGUCGCCCAAUGGAGAGACUAUUUUGGCCGCCCUUCUCCUUCGAUCCUUGGUGUCAUGAAUGCCAUCUACCCCAUCGGAAAACUCAUGGCCGUGUUCCCCGCCUCUUGGAUGGCCGACAAGUACGGACGCCGCGCGCCCAUGAUUGCUGGCUUUGUCAUGCUGAUCAUCGGCGCCGGCCUACAAGGCGGCAGCGUGCACAUCGCCAUGUUCAUCAUCUCCCGUUGGUUCCUGGGGUUUGCCACGGCGUUCCUGGCUCAGCCGGCGCCCAUCUUGGUCACUGAGCUUGCCUUCCCCACGCAUCGUGGCAAGAUCACCGCUUGCUACCAGACCUUUUUCUUCUUUGGUGCUAUUCUUGCUGCCUGGUCUACUUACGGCACCCUGCGGAUCCCCAGCACCUGGUCGUGGAGAAUCCCUUCGCUCCUUCAGGGCGCGAUCCCUGCCUUCCAGUUCGCUCUGUUCUGGUUUGUCCCAGAGUCUCCCAGAUGGCUCGUCGCUAACGGCCGCACCGAGGACGCCCGGGCCAUCUUGGCCAAGUGGCACGCCGGCGGUGACGAGGGCUCGCCCCUUGUCGCCUACGAGGUCGCCCAGAUCGAGGAGACCGUCAAGAUUGAGACCGAGGUCCUGUCCGAGACUUCCUACAUGGACCUGCUCCGUACCCCUGCCAACCGGCGUCGCGCUUUUAUCGCAGUCAUCGUCGGCUUCUUUGCUCAGUGGAACGGCGCCGGCGUCAUCAGCUACUACCUCGCGCUGGUGCUCAACACGAUCGGCAUCACCGAGAGCCGCGACCAGGCGCUGAUCAACGGCCUGCUGCAGGUCUUCAACCUGCUGGCGGCCAUCUUCGCGGGCGCCAUGAUGGUGGACCGCCUGGGCCGGCGCACGCUGUUCCUCGUCUCGACGGCGGGCAUGUUCUUCUCGUACGUCAUCUGGACGGCGCUCACGGGCGUCUUCACGACCACGCUCAACCAGAACAUGGGCAACGCCGUCGUGGCCUUCAUCUUCAUCUACUACUUCUUCUACGACAUUGCCUGGUCCCCGCUCCUGCUGGCCUACCCCGUCGAGAUCUUCCAGUACACGCUGCGCGCGAGGGGCGUGUCGGUCACCUACGCGGCCACUUUCAUCGGCCUCAUCAUCGGCCAGUUCUCGAACCCGCUCGCCAUGGCCGGGCUCGGGUGGAAGUACUACAUUGUCUUUUGCUGCAUCCUCGCGUGCCUGUUUGUGCUCAUCUGGUUCACGUUUCCCGAGACCAAGGGCCGUAGCCUCGAGGAGAUUGCAGAGAUCUUUGAGGGACCUUCUGCCGGCAAGAAGGCCGCUGAUGACGAGGAGGCUGCGGCCAAGGCCAAGGCGAGGGAUAUCGAGGAGGUUGAAGAUGCGCCUGGUGCUCAGAAGGCUUAGGUUAAUGGGUUCUGCCGCUGGCGUCGUCGCAAUUGAAUAGGGUGCAGGUAUUUAUAUACCACUAAACGAAAAAAGUCACGCGGGAACAUUACAAUUUGCGGUAGCAGCGAGCGUUGUAGAUACGUUGGAACUUGUGUUGAAAUAGGCAGACAACCAAAUACUGGCAGAUCCAAUAUCUCAC